UUGGCUCCCUCGGAACCUCGUUUCAAUGGCGCUGUUGGCAGCCGAGCAGAAGCGUUUGCCGCUCGCACCGGAAGCGUCGUUCCCUCUCGCGCAUCUGAUCUCCACCAUCCGACAAAGAUUUGCACCUUUUCCUUUUCACAGUGUUCUACUAGGACAAGAUAGCAUUUGAAUCUGACACUGAUGUUCUUCUCUACAAAAAUGAUGAGUUCAGAAUAUUGUGCCAUGGUGAUGUAUACUGUUACAUCAGACUACUGACAGAGGCCCUGCAAUAGUCCUGCAAAGAAGAAUCAGUGCUUAUACCUAAAACUGAUAUUUUUCUGAAGCAAUGACACCUUUCAAUAGUGUUUUUUACAGGAAGAUUUUGUGUCUGUCCUCUUACCAUGGAUAUUUUAGAAUGCAUCGAAUUGAAGAUACUCUUCUAAAUCUCUGGCACAGACUUCUGAGAAGUUACUCCUAUUAUAAAGCCAAUUUGGUCUCGGCUGUUGAUGUGGUCAAGUAUUGGCAAAGCGUGUUUGAGGAAAACAAUAUCCCAGAAGCACUGACAUCCUCUGAAUACAUUGUGUCUCAUGUCCUAGGAGCAAAAACAUUCCAGAGUCUGAAUGCCAGCAGCAUAUCUGCUCCCCUUUCAGCAAAGCAGCAAAAACAGAUCCAACAGCUCUGUGCUAAACGACUACAACGGAUGCCAGUACAGUAUGUUCUUGGUGAAUGGGAUUUCCAAGAUCUGACCCUCAAGAUGAGGCCUCCAGUUUUCAUUCCUCGACCAGAGACAGAGGAACUGGUUUCUCUCAUUCUGGAUGAAGAACACAGGAAGAAAUUGACUUCUGCAUGCAGCAGGGUCAUUCAGGAUUUCCCAGGGACCCGUGGUCCUAUUAUUUUGGAAGUUGGGUGUGGCUCAGGGGCAAUUGGUUUAAGUCUUCUGAAAAAGCUUCCUCAAAGUCAGCUCAUUGCCAUCGAUAAAUUAGAAGCUGCUGUUAAUCUGACCAAGGAAAAUGCAGAGCGGUUACAUCUUCAGGAAAGAAUCCAUAUCUUUCACCAUGAUAUAUCUUCAUGUCCUAGGGAAUGCCUUCAGCCUUGGGGUUUGGUAGAUACUAUCAUCAGUAAUCCACCUUACAUUUUUCACGAAGAUAUGAGUGACUUGGCAGCAGAAAUUCUCUGCUUUGAGGACCUUGGUGCCCUGGAUGGAGGAAUUGAUGGGAUGAGCGUCAUCAAAGAAAUUCUGAAAAUGGCCUCUUACAUUCUCAAGGAUUGUGGGAGUGUAUAUUUAGAAGUUGACCCCCGGCACCCCAAAAUGGUAACAAAUUGGCUGUCCAGUCAUCCGGAUUUGUUCCUCUUUGUGUCUGCUACACACAAGGACAUCUAUGGAAAGCCAAGGUUUCUGCAUAUUCAAAAACGUAGGAAAGAAGAUCACCAAAGAUCAUGACUGGUUCUGUCUCUCAACCCUGGGGGUGUUUACAGUGCUUUCUAAGGAUUUGAAAGAAAAACAAACUAUCGACAAGGAAGACUCAACAAAAGCAUGAGAAGUCAGCAACAGAUAGCAAACGCCACCUCUACAAAGAAGCUGAAGAAACAAUAGACCACCUAGUUAGUUGCUGCAAGAUGAUUACAGAGAUUGAUUCAUUUUCUUUUGUUAGAAUUAGUUCUUUCCCAAGGGAUAAUGGCUUGGUUUAAUGUAUAUGUUAAAAAUAAGUGAAAUAACAUGGUUUCACUGCAUUUAGUAGAAUGACACAGAGCUAUUCUGGUUCCUGUGAUGUUCAGUAUUUGGAUUAAUUACAUGAAGGUUGAGAAGAUGGAUAUCAAAUUUUCAAACAACACAAAAUUAGGAGGAGUAGCUAACAGUUUAGAAGAGAAAGAGAAUAUUCAAAUUAUUUAAAUAUGCUUGAGCAAUUGGUCAAAAAACAGCCUGAAAUUUAGCAAAGAGAAAUGGAAUGUCUUGUUUUAGGGAGGAAAAAUAAAAUCAAUACUUUAUGAUCGGGGCAAACUGGCUUGAUGAUAGUUGAUUCUAUGUGAAAGAAAUCUGGAAAUACUUGUGGAAAAUUGGGUAAAAAGAGUCGGUUACUAAAAAGAAAAAUACUAGUUUGGAAUGCAUUGAUACAAUCGAAGUUCCUGGGAAGAAAUAUUCCACUCUACCUUGGCCAAGCCCCACUCAAAAUAAUGUCCAUUUCUCGGAACUUCAGUCUAAAAAAGGCAUUGACAAAUAAGCAAAUUCAGGGUAAUCCAGAUGGUGCAGGAUAUGGAAGCCAAGUUGUAAAAAAAAACAAUUAUGUUUAGCCAAUAGAAAACAGCACUGAGCAAAUAUAAGAAUAUAUAUUCUUCAGAUUUCUAAAAGUUCUCAUAUAUAUUAGGGACUGAAAAUGUUUGUGUAUUGCCCAAGAGGACAGAAUCAGAACCAAAGUAUAGAGAAAUAAUUUCAGAUUAACUAGUCUAACUACUUUUC